AUGGAGAAGAACAGUUGCGUGUGGUUCGUGUUGGGGCUGGCGAUACUGAUCGUGUCGACUGAGUUUGUUCAAGUUGAUUGCAGAGCGCUUCGAUCCGAGUCGGCGACUGGUGAGGGAUGCAAAGAGCAGGCUGGUGGAGCUGAGGAGAUGGCCGGAAUGGGAAGCUUUGCGGUUUCGUCUAGUUUCAACUCAUCGAGCAAUGAUAAUAGUACUCAUCGGCCUUCGCAUGAUGAGUUAUUCGCUGCCAUUUUCGGGGAACUGCGAUACCCCUACCUUGCCGACGUUGAUCUACUUGCCCGCGUCCCUGAAGAUGCUGCACAAGUUCCUCCUCCUGCUGCCGAGCCGGCUCCGCGACCCGCGCGAGCCCAACGUCAGGCCCAGGCUGGUAUCGUGAUCCGCGAACCCCCUCAAGAGGGAAACGCGCCAUCCUUUGGCAGUCGCGCGGCCAACACUUUCCAAGCCACUGGCCAGACUGGGAAACAAAAGGCAGUAAUGACAGGGCCUGAAGACAACGAAUCCUCUUCUGAUGAUGAUGACUCGCAGACGGUUCGCCAUAGGUCCUCGAGACACACUGAAGAAGGAUCUUCAGCUGCUGGUGAAGGCCCAUCUGCUUCCCAAGCCCAAGCGCCAACUAUUGUGAACAAUUUUCCACCUCCUGCGGGCGCUGCCAGUAAUGCACAAUUGGCCUCGGUCCCAGUGCAGAUUAUAGAUGAUAGCUCGCCUGAGGCCGAAGAUAGAGUACCGCCACCGGAUGCACCUCACGAGGAACCAAGCGAUAUACCUGUCCUGGAGCAGAUAGCGCCUGACUCAAUUCCUGUUCCCAGCGAAGCUAACCCAGAGGCAAUGCCAGCGGUCGUCGAGCAUGAGCCCCCAGCCGAGGAGAAUCCAAAUGCUUUCAACACUGAGGACGCUGAAGCUGAAGCUGUAGAGGCAGAAGCUGCUGAGCCCGCUCUUAGUAUGGUUGGUCAGGAACCUCUUCCCCCUGCCCCCCAAGUUACUGAAGCCGGAGGAUUGGGAAACCUUCCUGAACCCAUGCCAGAGGCAGCACCUGUUGCUGAACCUCCUGAGGUCCCUGUCGCUGAGCAACCAACUUCUUCCACUCUGGAAAGAUUGAAAAGAUAA